AUGGGGACAUUGGUCUCGUCAGCCAAUCAGGAAGGUGGCAAGGAUGAAAACCAGCAGCAAUGGCUGGCGUGCGGCGAGCGGGAGCGCUGCUGCGACGCGGCCAACGGCACGGCGGUGCGCUGCUGCAAGCUGCCGCUGCACGCCUUCCUCGACAACGUGGGCUGGUUCGUGCGCAAGCUCUCGGGGCUCUUCAUCCUGCUCGUGCUCUUCGGCAUCGGCUACUUCCUGCAGCGCAUCAUCUGCCCCAGCCCCCGGGGCAGGUACCCGCGCGGGCAGCCUCGGCCCGGGCAGCCGGGGCCCGCGGGGCCCCCCGACGACGACGACGACGCGCCCGCGCUGCUGCGCGACGAGGCCACCGCCGGCUCGCAGGACUCGCUGCUGGACAGCGGCCGCCGGGGCCGCGGAGGCGGGGGGCGCCCGGCAGCGGCCGGCGCCUCGGAGCACGAGCUGCGCGUGGUGUCGCCCGUCUUCCUGCAGCUGCCCAGCUACGAGGAGGUGAAGUACCUGCCGACCUACGAGGAGUCCAUGCGGCUGCAGCAGCUCAGCCCCGGGGACGUCGUGCUGCCCGUGUCGGUCCUCGGGCACCCGCGGGGUGGCGGCGCCGGAGAACCCGACGGCGGCCAGAGGCGCUUCCCGCUCAUCUGAGCGCGGCGCGCGGACCGGCAGCCGGCGGGGCGCGCUGGCUCCGAUUCCGACCGGCACCCCGGCCUCACCGCCCCUCGCUCGGCCUUGGGAUCGGGUCCCACGCCACCCCUCUCCCCCGGGGUCCCAAGUUUGCCCUUGUUUCCACCGGUGCCAGGAACCUUCGGCCGGCGCCGCGGGAGCGCAACUUGGAGCCCAGCCCUCGACCUUUCUUCGGCUUGAAGUUCACUCGUAAGUGCCUGCUUCCCGAAUCUUAGUGAACACGUGAGCCCUUCGGCGAGGCGUUCGCAGGGCGUCUUCCUUUGGGACGUGGAGAAAGGGGAGCAGUCACACCCCCUGCCCUCCUUCCUGGACUGCUAGUGGCUUCCUGGGAUGGGCGGAGGGUGAGGGGCCAGGUGCCCUGCCCGCCAUUGCUGAGCUAGUGGCUGAGAAGCUACUAGCGCUUGGGUGGGAUCAAAGCCGGCCCUUUCGGGGGAGUCACGCACCCUCCCCAAACGACAAGAGCCUUUCAGUGUCUUCCUGCCCAAGCAGAGAGUCGCAGCGCCUGGCAGGGGUGGGGGUGAGGGUGGGCGUGUGAUAUCCGGCUAGUUGCUGUACUUGUCCAGGGUCCAGCAACUGCUGUGUAUUAAAAACAGUUAAAAGGUACAGUUGGACUUUUGAUUUUUUAAUUACUGAGAUGUUAUUUAUAUUUAUCUAUUAUUUUAAUAUUUCUUACCCUGUAGUAGAUGCAACUGGAGGCUAUGUCAGAAAAUUAAUGGCAAGAUAAUCAUCUCGUGGGCCACACUGUCAUUGUUAAAUAAAUGUUGGACAUUAUUUCAUUUUAAAAAAGCAUGGUCAGAAGAAAGAUUGUAUAUGACUAAAAACGUGAAGGAUAUCUUAUUUUCACUAUUUGAGAAGAAUAUAUUUUAUUUUUAGUACUGUGACACAAUAUCUAACUUUUGAUAAUAACUGUACGUUAUGUAGUCUAGGUCUGAAUUGAUUAUAUCAUACAUCGCAUAGGCUAUAUGUAAAAAUGAUUGAUGUAAAUAUGCCGUACCCUGAAGCACGCACAUGUCAUGCACUUCCCCCUCUGUUGUUCAGGUGGAGGGGAUUACAAAACAUAAGAACUUGUUGUGACUUGUACCUUGUUUUAAAGCCAUACCUGUGCAGUGAGAUGCUACAGAAAGAUGCAGCCAGUCUAUCCUGGGGAGCGGGUGAAGGGGCCGAGAAUAAGUGUCACUGUCUCCGUUCCACCGUUCUAUGAAAGACCCGAGCUCAGCGCGGUCCGUGGGGGACUCCAGGUACCGUAAGAUAGCUGACUGCCCUGCCCCAGAGAGCUUUCAGGGCUGUUGUCAGUCUUUACCGAGGAACUGCUGCCUUUUGGGUUAGCACCGGAGUGCCUAACCAUGGUGCCACCAGGGCUCCUUCCUUUCAGCAAAAGAUACAAAGUAAUGUAUUAAAAUGAAUUAUGUAUGAUGGACUUACGCCUGGAGGCGUAGCGGUUAUGCGUUGGGCUGCGAGCCACGGGGCUGGCCCUUCCAAACCACCAGCAGCAGUUCCAGGGGCUGAAGACUGGGCGUCUAUUGCUGCCAACAGUCUCGCAACCACCGCGGGGUCGCUAUGAGUCAGCAUCGACCUGAUGGCAGUGUUUGCUUUCUUUGGGUUCGUAUGCAUAUUGUCUAUGUACAAUAUACACGUGUGCCAUGUAAUUAUUACCCUUUCUGAUUAUCAUGAAAGAAAAAAUAAGUAAAACAUACUUUCUCUGCUUGGGGAAAAGUAAAUAUUACAGAGAGAAAGAUUGACUUUUGACUACAUAUGUCUGGGACACCUGUACAUUCUUGUGGUUGAAAAGUUUUACAGUUCCAAGAAAUCUUAAGAUAGUAGCAUUGUGUUGGAAGAGAAUGAUUUGACUAAACUUCUAAAAGCAAAUGACAUUGUCAUUGAAGAGAAAUCAUUUGACAUGUAUUUAAAUAUAAAAAGCAUUUAAAUAUUUGUGCAAAUUUUAUCAAGUGUGUAACUGUAUGGCAAUAUAUGAAGUAUUGAUCUUUGUCAUUUAAAAGCUAAUUUAAGCUGUGAUUGGCAAAAGUAUUGGGAGUUGAGAUGAUAUUGAGGAUUGUACAAGAUUUAAUAAAAACAUUGAAGAAUUGAAUAUUAAUGUUUCUUAAGUACUGUACAUUUGUGUUACAUCUGGCUAUCAAUACCACCUACUACUCAACCUAAUAAAAUUUGACAUAUUUAUUGAAUUAUCCGUUGAGGGUACACUAUUUUAGACAGUGUUUAAAAUUCGCCAUGUCUGAAAUAUCAACAUUAUCCACAUAGAGCAUAAAAUAUAGGUUGUGAUGUUAACAGAACAUUACAAUAAAAAAAUAUAUAUUCUUUUCUGUUUUUAUAUAUAUAUUCUUAUAGGGAUAUAUGUCACCUAUAGAACCUAUCCCUAAAAUUCAGAAUAAAAUGUGAUAUUUCUACUUGAUACUGUUUAUGCAGUGGGGGGCCUACUGGAUUUUAAAAAUUACAACAGCUUUUUACUUUUCUUGCAUAUAUACAAGUUUUUAUUCACUCAAUAAAAAUAGGCUUUGUUUACUCUUUG